UUCCUGUCUGCCUGAGUAUCCAGGUGAAACAAAUCUGACGGAAUAUCUUCUUCCCAUAACAAGCACAGUUGGUUAGACCAGAAGUGCAAGUUGCAGGCAGGGGAAGGACUGGGUCCUGAAGCGAAGCUGAGUCAGCAUCCAGCUGAUGCCAUCUGCCUGCUGAAAAACCCCGUCUUGCCUCACAAGAAGACGAGCGGCUGAGCUGGGCAGGCCUGGGUCUGAGAAGCUGCCUGGCUCUGGGGAACCAGUGAGGAGCCUGCUGCUGGCAGUCAGAUGCUCCUAAGGACUGUAGCCUGCUCCUAGACAUCCACCACCACCCACGGUGACCAGAGGCUACCACCAUGACGAGAGACCUGAAUGGAACCUGGGAGAUGGAGUCUAAUGACAACUUUGAAGGCUACAUGAAGGCCCUGGAUAUCGAUUUUGCCACCCGCAAGAUUGCGGUGCGCCUGACUCAGACGAAGAUCAUCACUCAAGACGGUGAUAACUUCAAGACGAAAACCAACAGCACGUUCCGCAACUAUGACUUGGAUUUCACUGUCGGAGUGGAGUUUGAUGAGUACACCAAGGGCCUGGACAACCGGAAUGUUAAGUCGCUCAUCACCUGGGAAGGCGAUGUCCUCGUGUGCGUGCAGAAGGGGGAGAAGGAGAACCGUGGCUGGAGGCAGUGGGUUGAAGGGGACAAGCUAUACCUGGAGCUGACAUGCAGUGACCAGGUGUGUCGUCAAGUGUUCAAAAAGAAGUGAUGGCUGUGAGGGGGCCUGCUCCACACUCCCAGGGAAGGGCUCUUUACUGGCUUUGAGAAGCAGCCCUGGGGACCCUCCUACUCCUGACUGAGCCUGUUAAGACAUCUAGAUGGUAAUAAACAGAAUGAAUG